UAAAAAGAACAGACCAUAGUUUUCUCACCUUGCUAGUACACGAUUUGACGCGAAGAAUAUUGUAUGAUAAUUUCGAUAAUGGAAAGAAUUUUGUUAUUGACGAGCUGAUUGAACAUAACGAUCAUCAAAUACACAAUUUAAAAGGAAUUUUGAGUUGAAAAAGUGGACAGGAUAAAGCGUGACUUUUCUACAAGGAAUAAAUUUUCCAAAUUGAAAAAGUAUCGUGUUUUAACAAAAAUAGAUAUCCAGAAGGAAAGGAAGAAAAGACGUAGUCCUCGAAUUAUCACCUAACCUAAAAUGGCCAAUUCGUUGGCGAACGUGACCGUAUCGAGCAUUUUGAAGAACAAGAGCUCAUUCGAGGAUGAGCCGCGGAAGAAGAGUCGGGAAGACUGGCGAAAAGCGAAGGAACUCGAAGAGGCCAGAAAAGCUGGCACAGCUCCAGCUGCCGUAGAUGAAGAAGGAAAGGAUAUCAAUCCGCAUAUACCUCAAUACAUCAGUGCGACUCCAUGGUACUUCGGCGCCCAAGGCCCUACUCUGAAGCACCAACGGCCACAACCAGAGAAGCAGAAGCAAUAUAGCUCCAUAGAUGCGUGGUACAAUCGUGGAGUAGACAGCUCAAACACAGUGGCCAAGUAUCGCAAGGGUGCCUGUGAAAACUGUGGUGCGUUAACACAUAAGAGGAAAGAAUGCAUGGAGAGACCACGCAAGGUUGGCGCCAAGUAUACCAAUGCAAAGAUCGCUCCUGAUGAGUUCACUCAGCCUGAGUUAUCCAUGGACUACGAUGGUAAGAGGGACCGCUGGGCUGGCUACGAUCCAUCUGAGCACAGAGCCAUAGUGGACGAGUAUCAGAAGGUUGAGGAGGCCAAGAGACAGAUGCGUGCGGAAAAGCUCAACGCGGAGGAGAACGACGAACAGGAUUCGGACAAGGAUGAGGACAAAUACGUGGACGAGGUGGACAUGCCCGGCACGAAGGUGGACUCGAAGCAGCGCAUUACUGUGAGAAAUCUGCGUAUCCGGGAGGACACUGCCAAGUAUCUGCGCAAUCUCGACCCGAACUCCGCGUAUUACGAUCCCAAGACCAGAUCCAUGCGAGACAAUCCUUAUGUCGGCACCGAACGCGAGGUGGAUUACAAAGGCGAGAACUUCGUGCGCUUCUCCGGCGACACUCAGCAACACGCUAACGCGCAACUGUUCGCCUGGGAGGCGCACGAGAAGGGCGUCGAUGUGCACUUACUGGCCGAGCCGACGAAGCUGGAAUUGUUGAAGCAAGAAUACGACAAGAAGCGGGACGAAUUGAAGGAUAAGGCGCGCGAUAGUAUAAUCGAGUGUUACGGAGGCGAGGAGCACCUCGAGGCGCCGCCGAAGACGCUGCUGUUGGCACAGACCGAGCAUUACGUCGAGUAUUCGAGAUACGGCAAAAUAGUCAAAGGACAGGACAGACAGGUGAUACGAUCCAAAUACGAGGAAGACGUCCAUCCGAACAACCACACGUCAGUGUGGGGCUCUUACUGGCAGGACGGCAAGUGGGGCUAUCAGUGCUGUUAUUCUUUCAUUAAAAACUCAUAUUGCACCGGGAUGUCCGGCAAGAGAUCGGUCGAGGCCGCAGCUAGUAACGUGCAAGAUAAAGUACCGUUCGUGAGAUCUGAGAUGCAAGAGACGGAGGAUAACGAGCUUCGACGAUUCUCGGAUACUGCGGACAAAGAGGAGCAUUCUUCGAGCAGCGACUUCUCGUCUGAUGACGAAGAUAUGAAGAAUAAGACGGAGAGACAGAGCAAAGCAGCUAAACGAAGAUUGAAGAAACAAAAGAGGAAAGAAAGCCGUAAGAAUAAGAAGAAGAGUGAGAAGCAGGAAGACAAGUUGAACGAGGCGUUGAGAAAGGAGGAGGAAAGCACGAAGACGGCGGACAAAUUGUUGAAGAUGGACGAGAGAAAACGUCCGUAUAAUAGCAUGUACGAGGUAAAAGAACUAACGAGCGAAGAGAUAGAAGCGUAUCAGAUGAAACGCAAACGCGACGAGGAUCCGAUGGCGCAUUUUCUUUAAAAUCAACUACUAUGUUGUUUGUAACGCUGUAAAUGAAUGUUGUAUAUAUCUGUACAGUAAAAAAACGUAAAAUUAAAUAAUUGAACAUAUAAAUAAUAUAUCUAGCAAGUAAAUAAUA